CUCCCAACCUCUCGUUACACCGCCGACGCUGCAACGCCUAAACACCCCGUCAAUUGCCCGCCCAGAGCUGCGCCGCCGCUCGUCAAUUCCACCACCACGCGCCCCGACGACACGCCCGCCAAUUCCCACGAUGCUGGCCGGCGCACUCUGCCGCUUGGCAGCCGACGCCCCCAGGGCCUCCCCACACGACAUGCCGCAGCUCGCCCGCACCCUCGGUCGCACCCUCCUCGCCCGCAAUGCCGCCCAGCUUCCGUAUGCGCGCGCCCUCUCACGCGCCUUCGCCUCUGCUCUCCAGAACCGCCGGUCGUAUGCUACAACUACGCGCGCCACCAAGCCCACGGCGACAGUGAAGAAGGCGGUCAAGACAGCCGCCGCUAAGAAGCCUGCGCCCAAGAAGACGGCCACAACAGCAAAGAAGGCGGCUCCCAAGAAGAAGCCCGCAGCAAAGAAGGCGGCGCCCAAGAAGAAGGCGAAGAAGCCUGCCGCGAAGAAGCCUGCGCCCAAGAAGCGCGUCAAGAAGGUCUUGACGCCCGAAGAACAACAAAAGGUCAAGCUCCGAGAGCUACGCGCCAAGGCACUCAAGGAGCCCGUAAGCCGCAGGUCAUUGUCUGCUCUCCAUGUCUUCUUAGCUGAAAAGCUGGCUGGUGUUCCGGGCCAAAAGACUGGGCAACUUCCGGCUGCUACGGCCGAGUUCCAGAAAUUGACCCCCGCUGAGCUUGAGGUAAGCCCUGUCCGCCUCACAGUGCAUCACACUAUACUAACUGUCUGA